GUACAAGGAAACAUCAGCAUAUAAUUAAAGCUUGUUUUUGUCCUUCUUCACCUUCUUUCUCUGUACUGUAAUUGUAACUUUAGCCAAAAAAGAUUGCUUUUUAAUCAUCUUUUUGUUUGAUAAGUCGAAUUUGGACUCAAGAAACAGAUGGAUAUGUUUGAUUAAAUUGAGUAUUCGCAAGUUGUUGUUGCAUGGUGUGCCUCAGUUAUGGAGUCGAAUUCACAGCUAAAGCAUUUUGAAGGGGAUGAUGCUUUGUGUAGGGAAAUAUGGAAGGCCUGUUCUGGUUCAUUGUUGGAUGUUCCCAAGGUUGGGGAGAGAGUGUACUACUUUCCCAGACUUCACAUGGAGCAGCUGGAACAAUCGUCCAAUCUGGAAUGGAUUCAAGGACUACAAUUGUCAAAUCUUCCCCGAAAGAUAUUAUGCCGUGUUCUUCACAUUCGUCUUCUGGUCGAACAUGACCCGGAAGAAGUUUAUGCUGAAACUAUAUUGUUGCCGAGUCAAGAACAAAAUGAGCCAACAACUCCAGAGUUUUAUCCUCUUGAACCUCCAAGGCCCAAGUAUCAGUCAUUUUGCAAGGUUUUAACUACCUCUGAUAUAAAAAGUAACUGGGGAUUGUCCGUGCACCGAAAAGAUGCCGACAAAUGCUUCCCUCCCCUGGACAUGACGCAAGAAAAACCGACCCAAGAAUUGAUAGUCAGCGAUCUUCUGGGCAAUGAAUGGCGCUUUAAGCAUGUAUACCAAGGCCAACCUCGGAGGCAUUUAUUCACAAAUGGCUGGAGUACAUUCGUUACUAGUAAGAAAUUGCUUCCCGGCGAUUUAGUUGUGUUUUUAAGGGAUGAAACUGCAAAACUACAUGUUGGGAUUAGACGUUUAUCUAAUCAACGCUGCUCCAUUGGGUCAUCAACAUUUUCAAGGCAAAGCAUGGAAGGGGUUCUUGCAGUUGCUUCCUAUGCAUUUGCAACCCGAAGUCUCUUUUCUGUCUACUACAAGCCAUGCUACAAUAAAUCAAGUCAACUUAUUAUGAGCUUGAGCAAAUAUUUUGAAGGUGGAAACCAUGGCCAUGGAGUUGGCCUGAUCUCUAGAAUGCAACACGGGGGUGAGGACUCUUAUGCGAGAAGAACAAAUGAUUUGGUCCAGAUAUCUUUAUCUCAGGGUCAACAAACAACAAAUCUUAUGCUAGAGGGGGAUCAAUACAUGCAAGAUUCGGAAACAAUACUUGAUUGUAAUCAACCUACUAUGAUGGAUUUGGAGAUCAGACAACAGACAGUUGGAUCAGUCAACAAUAUUCAUUGUUUCAUGCCUGUAGAGGACAAUGGAUUGCAAUUGCAUGCAGCAGUUGUGAGGGAGAAUAAUGAGGGAUCUAUUCUGAAUGAAACUGUGGCUCAAGAUGAGGACUUUUAUGAGCUAUUCAAGGACAUUGACCUUCCAGACUCUACAAACACUAGUCUUGAUACUAUAGCUUUGGAUAACAGUGAUUGGUUCAGAUCCACGCUACAAGAUUUUGAUGAAUGGCUUGAAGAGCAAGAAGAGACAAUUCCUCCCGGUCAGCAGAAUUCCUUAGAAGAUCACUCUAGACGGACUUCUUUUGUAUUGGAGCAUCCGACUUCCUCCCAAGUGAUGUCUAUCUCUUCAACCCCGAGUCAGAUUCCCUAUGAAGGACCCGGUCGUGGUGACGAGCAAGUUCCUUGGGGAGGCUAUCAAGUAGCACGACGAUGUUUACCAAUACUCAGUAGGGUUGUCUUACGGUACCCUGAUUCACUCGUGAACUUCAGGGCCGCAAGUAGCAUAGUUCAGUCAAUGUAUUUGGAAAUAUUGGCAGAGUUGGUCUACUUUCUAGAUAAUCUAACAAUAGUGAACUUGUCCAAGGAUCAGUUCAGGGUUGCUAGGCAACAUAUCUGGGACUUAAAGUCAAAUGGCAUUGAAAUAGGCUGGCUUGAAAAGCGUUUACUGCAUAUCGAUGAAGUAUUUAGCAUGGAAAGUUUAAUGCAACGGCGACAAGCAGUCACACGUUCAAUGGAGGAGAAAUUAGCUACGUUUAGGCAGCUGGAUGAGGAACUCGGCUGUAUAAACAAGGAGCUUCAUGAACUAUCUCUAAAGGUUGGCCCAAAUCCCCCUAUGAGAUUGCACCCUGUAUUGGAGGGUUUGUUGUAGUUUUCAGUAAUUUUAUCCUUUGUAUUUGACUACACGAUAAGUAGAAAAAGCCGGACAUAGUCCACUAUAUGGACGGAGACUCAAAAUGAUCUUAUUUCUUUCACACGAAGCACUAAUAGUCCGUUUUCUUUGACAAAGUGGUGCACUAAAUGGUCCUUCUCCAAACGUCUGACUUUUAAGAGGGAUAAAGUCACCUGUGUUUUGCAUGGGUUUUUUAUCCAAGCUAACAAAAUUAUCCCUUUAUGUUAAACAAAAAGCGAUAGGAUCUGUGAUCUUCCACAAAAUUCUCAGAACCAAGUUUACAGAUUGGAGAGACAUAUCAUUACGCAUGAGAUUUUAUCUGCAAAAAUUCUCACGGACGUUUGGUUUAGAACUGUUAAGUGCACCACUUUUUCAAAAUAUGUAGACCAUUAGAGCUCCAUGCGAUAGAAAUAUGAUCAUUUUGAUCUCAAGUUCAAAGAUUAUGGACUGUUUCGGGAUCUUUUUGUCUUGAUAAGACAUCUUAUCAGUCCAGAAUGAGCUCUAGGAGGUUCUUUUUUAGUUGGCUCCAUCUUUGAAUGUGUGUCAUUGUUGUGUUCUAUUGCAAAUUCUUAGACUUCUUAGCAAGCAUGGACUGUUCAAGUAGGCCACUUUGUGGUUUAGAGUUAUAUAAAUUUUAGACUUUAUUGCUGUAUAAGUUCUAACUGGGCCGGGCCUUUGUGCUUUAUUGGGCUGAAUUCUACUACACGGACCAGAAAACCGUCUUCUUCAAAUGGGUCAUUUGCACGAUUAUCCUUCAAAGGCACUGGUCUUUAAUUUUUGUCCCGCAAAUUGGUGGUCUUUAAUUUUUGUCCUUCACUUAAUCCCAUGAGAUUGGGGUUCGAACUCUGGCUCAGUAAAAAAAAAAAAAAAAUCGCAAGGCAGAGUUUUGUAGGAAAGUAAGCCUAUUCGGGCCAAAGUUAGCCCUCAGGCCUGCAGGCAGAGUUUUGCAUUCAAAAUUUUGCCUGAGGUAGAGUUUUGUAUGCAAAACUUUGCCUUGCGAAUCUAAACCUCUGCCU